AUAUUGCAUUUUGUUGUGGUCCAUUUCGUGAACGGCGGCUAGAGCACUCAGCAAUUUGUUGUUGAUGAGGCUGGUCUUCAAACAGAAAGCUGCCCCACGGUUUUCUUUCAUAUUAGACUAGUCUCAUAGCCCGGAAAUGCCUCAAGUAUUUUUCAUACCGGUUUUGCUUCAUGCAUACUUUGCGCAAUCCCGCGACUCCUGCUUGCCCGCCAGUGCCCCCACUUGCCAGGAUGUUGUGCUUCCUCUCCUACCCAAUCUGUGGCAUGUACGCAGUACACUCCCUGUCUAUCAUGAGCGGUCGUGGUGGACACAGCUGACAUUCCAGUAGGUUGGUUGGCUGCGUCCUUUAGUGAGAGUCACAGUUGGAGAUGCCCAACCGAAAGACAAGACACUUGAAGAAUAACUUUGGGUCUCUCCCCCUGGGUGGAAUGUGGCUGAUCCCGCGUGGAUCAAAAAGAAUGUCGUUGCCUGUCUUCCAACCAGACUCUGCCGUGCGUGUAUCUCUCAUUCGAGAGCAUGAUGAGGAACGUAUGAGGUACACCCUGAGUCCAGGGCAAAAGAAUAAACGACUAUGGCGCCACAGAGAGUCUCAGCUGCUCUACCGUCUCCUCGUAGCUUUUUUUACCAUCUUUUCUCUGUUCCGUGCAUCGCCGUCUGCACAGCGAAUUGAAGAUGUUUUCGUCAUAGCAGUCAGGUUUCUACCCACCCUUGUGUCGGCUUGUGGUCCUCCAGAAUCAGUUGUCAGUGUGGAACAUGCCGCUACGGAUAACCCUCCUUUCCGGUCGGCGGCAAAGAGAGAUCCCCACCCAGACGGCCUGUCCAAUACUCCUGUCGCCUUGACUACUCUGUCAACAGCGCACGAAGCGACGCCGCCAUUUGCUGCAGCAAACCGUGGGUCCCCAAACAGCCGUGUCCCACUGCCAGAACAGAGCACCCACCGGCAGCAAUAUCCAACCCCACCUAUCUAUGCCUUCGCAAAGCAGUGGCUUUUUUCAGUGCCUCAGUCUCUGAGAGAGAAAGUGAUGACGCACUCUGUGACUUCAGCAAAAGGGCGCGUUGUCAGCGAGGGGCAGACCUCAUGGGAAAGGGCGGCCUUCCGCCGCCUUGCCACAGAACGCCUCUUGGUGAAAGAUCACGCCUUAUCAAAUGCUGGACGCUACCUUACACCUCUUCGAACUCUAUUUGAAACGGAGAACGGAACUGGUACUCAUGGUCGUUUGCCUCCACAGUCCGUGGUUGUGCUGGACCGUGCUGGAGGUUCACCUCUAGAUAUACUUGUCUCGCUCAUUGAUGAAGCAGACGGGGCAUACAUUGCGCCUGAGAGUGUAAUCGGGAAGUCACCCACACAUACUGAAACAACAUUUGAGCGGGCAGGAGGCCAACUGGGCAGCUCCACGUUAUUUGGUAGAAUCAUAACGCGAAUUGCACCCCUUCAUGCAAUCCCGGAUAAUGCCGCGUUGUAUGUUGAUCUUCGCACGUAUGCGGCGAGCGCAUGCGGUACACAGAAUUUAAAUGCAGACUUCAAACAACCAGACAGUCCAAAAGAGGAUUUACAGGAGGGAAGCAAGAAGAAAACAGAAUUCACCGUCAUGGAUUUUGACGAAUCUCAACAGUCUAGAGAUGGCAGCCGCCCUCCGGAAAGGCACACACUCACCGAGCCAGUACUGCAAAUCAUCUCUGUUGAUUGGCAGGCGUUUUCACAACGGCAGCGACCCGAAGGUCUGCCAGCUGUGGCAGGUUUUGAAGCAGUGGCGUUAGCUUCUGACUCGCAGCAAGUGACUAUCAAUGGACGGACGAGUUCAGUGGACAACGCGGAGCCUUCGAGCUCAGAUGACGGCAAAUCCGGGCGGGGAAACUCAAUAUUCCCCUGCGAUCCCAGCAACAAUGAAUGUCGAAACUCGUUUGUGCCCCUUGAGGCUGAGUCGCUAUCCAAAGGCAGUAAGGUUGAAGCAAAUGGUGUCGAAUUUCUGCCUCCGAACCCAACAGUCGCGUUGAAGCAGAGGGGGGACCACUCAAGAGGUGGUGGACUGUCGCCGGAGGUGAGUCAUUUCCUUUCGUCGGUCGCCUCGAAAUUCGCAAGUGCGGCGCGAGCGGCUGAGCAGGCAUCCCAGGCAGCCGUCAUCCGCGAAGGGAAUCCUUACCAUCCACAGGACGAGUCACACCGUGCGGCAAACAGCGGCGCGAGCAGGAACGCAGGAAUUCUGGAAGGUGCCGAUAUGGAAAUGAAGGCUCCAGAGAAGCACGGAGGAAUUGCGUUGAUGCGAUGCGUGCGCCGUCGAAAAAAUGAGUUGCAUGGAAGCGUUGUCAAUACAGACAUGAAAGCGGCAGAUGGUACUGAGAGUUGGUCUAUAAGCCCAUCCAAAGCGAGUGGAGAAGAGGCACAAGGCUCAGAUUUGGUCGAGAAAGAUCUGUUUCGCCUCGUUCCCAUACGGCUGGUUCCUGCGGUACCGGGCUGCAAAAGCCAGGUUCAAAUAAAAUGCCGUGAAGAGGUUGUUAAAGAUAGUGAACCAAACGCUACCGUUCCUAUCUCAGAGGGAGGCCUUAGGCCAGAGAGGGUACAAAAGAGUUUAAAUCUCUGUGAUGUAAAUCUUGCAUCCAGCAAACCUCUUGAACCUUCUCCCUGUACGGCGAUCAGCCCGCCGCGACAAGCAGUACUCCGGUGGGCGGCACCGGAAGCAAAAAGGUGGGCAGAGGGAAUGUUGUUGGCACACGGAAAACGGUUCAAUGCGCGUCCGUCUGUGCAAGCCACAACUACGUUCAGCCACUCUUCUCAUUAUGGUGAAAGUCAAACACAGAACGAGGAUGGCGAGCGAGAUGUAGCCAUUCCUGUUUGGGUCUUGGAAAUACCCGUGGACCAUAUUUUGGAUGUUCCAGAUCAAGAAGCAGCUCCGGGCUGCGUGCGGGAACAGGACAGUGCUCAGAAAAGAAAACACAGUCGAUUGCCGGGAAGGGCACUCUCCUCGUGUGGUAUCACGAGUGCGUUUUGGCACCCAUCGGUACAGAAGCUGAUGACGGUGCAACUGCAUCUCGACAGUCUACGACAGCAGUGCACAUUACACGCCAGCAGCUGUUGGGAAAAACAGUCAAAAACCCAAACCAGUUCCACAAUUGCAGCGGAAACGGGGCAAUCCAAAUACCCGUCGAACGGUGCCAGAGUUGGGGACGGAGACAAAACUCUCGCCUUUGCUGAAAUGAACGGUUCGGGCUUUUCUCAGAGAGCGGAGAGAAGGGUCAGUGGCGUUCCAGAAGCGACCUUGUCUCUUCUCUGGACAUCGCCAUCCAACAGAGAAACUCGGAAGCGGCUGCCAGCCGAAAAACAAGAUUCAGAAGAGAAUCGUGGAAACAGGGAAAGUGCCUUAUACAUCAUCGGCCAACCCUCGUCAAAUGUAGACAUGGACGACGAAGAGCAGCUGUGGGUAAAAUGUAGCACACAUUUGCCCGUUCUUUCGCAGAAAAAAAGCUUGAAUGGACCAUUGCAAACAUCAGCGUGUCACACUCACCCAAUUCCUGUUUUCCUGAAAGUCAACAUCUCGGAAAACAGGACUACGUGAGAUUGCACAGAAUGUUCGUGAGCUUAGAUGAACAUGCGUGGUCUAACAAAUGGUUCUCUGCACUACCCGCGUGAGGACACUGCGUACAUAGUAAUCAGCGAAACGUGAGUCAGUUGUAGUAUUGACGUGGAUUACGGUAGAUCGUGCGUUUUCACGAAAUGUGCAAUUUCCCAAAGUUUGAGUCCGGUCUCUUUCUGUUAUUCCGUUGAUCCGACGAUCGUACAACUCAAGAGCUUUCCGUUUCUGGGGAUCGAUAAGAGGAAUUGGUGACUAGAGAGAUGAGACGAACUUGCCCCCAAUCGAAUGUAAACAGUGUUCGGCUGUUGACGCAAGCUCUAGAGAUGACCUCUUUGACGAAUACCCAAAAUCUGCGCCUCUGGUUCGAACAGACUAGGAUUGGGAAGCGGCGUGAAGUGCGACCAGAGCAUAAGCAUCUAAAU